UUGUUGUAAUAAAUUUUUGGUAUUAGUAAUUAACGAUAAAUGGACUUCUGGUAAUUAGUUAUAGCGAAUUAUCUAUAUAAAUUAUAAGGCAGAGAAUCGCAAAUAUCCGCUACUGGAGGGCCCAUGCGGGCUUACAGGAUUGGCUCGUCAGAACCCGGGACUUUAAGGGUGGUCACGUGAUCACCGCCUGGGAAAGAAAAAAGUCAUCGACCCAUAUCAACCUUAUCUUGUGUCGCCGCGUCUCUCUAGACCUUCAGCUUUCACAACGGUCUCUUCCCGGUGAUCCACCUUUUCUUCCCGAAUCUCUACCCGUUCACCUCCUUAUUUACAUAUCAUGGAUCACUCACGGGAUCCCUGCCCCUGGGUUGCCCUGAGCGACUUUGGCGGUGCUUUCUGUAUGGGUGCCAUCGGUGGUGCUGUCUGGCACGGUGUCAAGGGUUUCCGGAACAGCCCCUACGGUGAGCGUCGGAUAGGUGCGAUCACAGCCAUCAAGGCGCGCGCGCCCGUCCUCGGCGGUAACUUUGGCUGCUGGGGAGGUCUUUUCAGUAUCUUUGACUGCUCAAUUAAGGGAAUCCGCAAGAAGGAAGACCCUUACAAUGCUAUCAUCGCUGGUUUCUGCACCGGUGGUGCCCUCGCUGUCCGUGGUGGUUUCAGGGCCGCCCGAAACUCCGCUAUUAUGUGUGGCGUCUUCCUCGCUGUAAUCGAGGGUGUCGGGAUUGGUUUCCAGCGCAUGAUGGCCGAUAACACAAAGCUCGAGCUUCCUCCACCUCCUCCAUCCGAGCAGAGAGCUCUCGCUUAACUUCCUUCUUUAUUCACCAACGCGAUCGACCUACCUUUCUUCCAUUGCCGUUCCAUCCUCCCCCCUAUCUCUACCUUCAUAAUAGCAUCCCCACAUUGAGUCUCUCUUCUCAGGUGUUCGGUUUGGGUCAUCAUUCUUAAACGACAUAGCAUAGAGGUUCCUGUUUUUUACUCGCUUUUUAUAUCGCGUCCCACGGCCUAAGUUUUCGGAGUAUAUUUUUUGAGAACGGCAGGUUGAUUCUUAUGGCUGGUUCUAAGACCGGCGUGUCUCCUUUUUGCGGCCGGGUGGCCGAACAAAAGAAUUUCUCUACUUAUCCUGCAAAAAAAGCGUUGAAGACGGGACCGUGUUGGAUUCUUGUACAAUAAUGCAUGGCUAACAAGCAUAACACGUAUUUCUCGUGUAUAUAUUAAUUUCAGCUUAGAUCCUUUCAUCGAGAACAUACCGAGUACGA